AUGGUUCGGCACAAAAAAGACUUCAACGCCAGAGGCAAGAAAUUCGGCGGCCGCGGCGGCGGCGCUCCUCGCCAACCCCGCCAUCACAACGACGACGAUGCCUCCUCCUCCUCCCCCUCGUCAUCGCGCCCUGCCUUCAAGGCCGCCUGCUGGGACCUCGGCCACUGCGACCCCAAGCGCUGCUCCGGCAAGAAGCUCAUGAAGCUGGGCAUGAUGCGCGAGCUGCACAUGGGCCAGCGCCACGGCGGCGUCAUCAUCACGCCCAACGGCAAGAAGGUCAUCUCGCCCGCCGACCGGGACCUCAUGGACCAGUUCGGCGCCGCCGUCGUCGAGUGCUCGUGGGCGCGCACAAAGGAGGUCCAGUGGAACAAGGUGGGCGGCAAGUGCGAGCGCCUGCUGCCGUACCUGGUGGCCGCCAACACGGUCAACUACGGCAAGCCGUGGAGGCUCAACUGCGUCGAGGCGCUGGCCGCUGCGUUUUACAUCUGCGGGCACCCGGACUGGGCGGAGCAGAUUCUCGCGCCCUUCUCGUACGGGCCGUCGUUCUUGGAGAUCAACUCGAGCUUGUUGAAGAGGUAUGCGGCCUGUGAGGACGAGGCGGGCGUCAAGAGGACCGAGGAGGAGUGGAUGGAGAGGCUGGAGCAGGAGUAUGCCGAGAGCAGAGAGGAGGGCCAGGACGACAUGUGGACGAGCGGAAACACAAACAGACGAGCGCCGGUGGAUUCGGAUGAAGAUGAGGGUGGUGGCGAAGACGGGUCAGACGAAGAUGAAGACUCGCAGGAGGAGGGAAGCAUAGAUGGCAUAUACUUGGGCAAACGGCCACCCAAGAAAGCAGACGACGAAGAAGACGAAGAAGGAGAAGAAGAAGAAGACGAGGACAAGGACCCCUUCGCUCUCUCAGAUGACUCAGACGACGACGACGCAAUGGCUGAGAUCCGGCGCAAAGUUCUCGCCUCAAAGACCUUUACCAACCCGAACCCCGACAGCGCAGAAGAAAAGCAGAAGCCCUCGACGAUACCGCGGCCGCAGCAGCGGUUCAAAGCCGACCUAGACAUUGAGCCGGAUUCAGACAAUGAUGCUGGGGGUGGGAGUAAUGGCGACGACGACGACGACGAUGAGUUUGACAACAUCAUUGCCGCAACGCCGGUUACGGAUCGGAUUGGGCUGGAAAAGUUGAAAAAGGAGAGGGCGAGGGCGGCGAUUACCACGAGGACGUUUUCGUCAAAUGUUGUCUCUGCGCCGAGUAGAUGGUAG